UAGCAUCGCUGAAAAAGAGAGAAAGAAGAAGCAGAAGAAGUGAAAAGUUUCCUCCUCUUGGAAAUCUGCUGUUUUUGCUGCGUAUUCACCUAUUUUAGGUGUUCUAUUUACAAAUAUUGUGAUGUGUUAAGCUACACAGAAGUGAAUAGUCAAGUGGGGAACGUGUAAUGUGAUUUUGGGGCUUAAUACGAAGCAGCCAACCAAGAGGGUGAAAGAGUGUUUAUUUGGCGUUGUCUGAUUCGGCACCUGGCGCCCUCUCACCGGGCUACACCUGAAGCCCCGGACUGCAGGCAGAUAGCACAGAGAGGCCCCACAAACGCUUCUCCCCGCGCAGAGAUUCUCAUAGAAAGCUCCCGGAGCCCCCCUGAGAUUCAGGGUACUUUUUUCUUGUGGAUCAGUUGUGAUUAAUCGGCAAAAUAGUGGCUGGAAAAAUGUAUGGGAAAUCAAAGAAUUCAACAGUGCCGUCAGACGCACAGGCGCGUGAGAAGCUCGCUCUCUACGUCUACGAGUACCUUCUGCAUGUUGGUGCUCAGAAGGCGGCACAGACUUUCCUGUCGGAAAUCCGAUGGGAGAAAAAUAUCACGUUGGGCGAACCACCAGGCUUCCUGCAUUCGUGGUGGUGCGUCUUCUGGGACCUCUACUGCGCAGCACCCGAAAGACGUGAUCAGUGCGAUCAUUCGUCCGAAGCCAAGGCCUUCCACGAUUAUGGCUUCGUCAGUUCUGGCUACGGAGUUAAUGGAAUUGCACAUAACACGGGACCGGCUCCCAGUCCUCUAGGACAGCUGCCGCCUAACGAUGGGAUGCCCGGCGGACCAAUGGCGCCCAAUUUCUUCCCUGUGAACACGGACAAAAUUCUUUACUUGCAGCCAUUCAUGGGCGCUCCCAGAUACCCGUCUGGCCCCAGACCCGGCGUCCGGAUGCCACAAGGCAUUGGGAAUGAUUUCAAUGGACCACCAGGUCAACCAAUGAUGCCAAACAAUAUGGAUCCGUCACGACAAGGUGAAGCUGGCGAAUUUGUGGCGUGGCAAGGCGGCCCACCAGGCAUUGGUCCCAUGAAUCCACGUAUGAAUCCACCGCGUGGUCCCGGAAUGGGUCCCAUGGGCCCAGGUAGUUAUGGUCCCACUGGAAUUCGCGGUCCACCGCCGCCCAACAGCACUCUUGGAGGCCCUGGAGGCCCCGGAUUGCCGCCUGGCAUGGGAAUUGCAGGUGGACGUCCUCAGUGGCAACCCAAUACGUCCACUACCAUGAGCUAUUCCUCCUCAUCACCAGGAACGUACGGAGGUCCACCUGGUUCUGGUCCUCCAGGUCCUGGUACUCCCAUCAUGCCCUCGCCUCAGGAUUCCAGUAAUUCCGGUGGCGAGAAUAUGUACACGUUGAUGAAGCCGGUGCCCAGUGGAAAUAUGGGUGGGGAAUUCCCGAUGGGCGGCGGACCUGAUGGCGGUCAGAUGGGGCCAAUGGGUCCAUCAUCGAUGGGUCCAGUGCUCAAUGGUGACGGCCUCGACGGCAUGAAAAACUCCCCGGCCAACGGGGGCCCCGGAACACCGAGAGAGGACUCUGGCAGUGGUAUGGGUGACUACAAUUUGGGCGCCUUCGCAGGACCAGGCGAGAAUGAUCAGACGGAAUCAGCGGCUAUUCUGAAGAUUAAAGAAAGUAUGCAAGAGGAGGCGAAGAGGUUCGAGAAGGAUUCAGAUCAUCCGGACUAUUUUAUGCAGUAAAGUGUCUCAUUUUUUUUGGGCACUGUGCUGUGUGUAAACUUUCAAUGUUACAUUUUUUGGUGUUUUUUUUUUACUGUGGGAGAUAUUGGCUGAAUCUCGCACCGAUUCCAAUGAGAUGAGCAAAAUUGUAGAAAAAAAAGGAAAUAUUUAAUCUAUAAGUAUAAAAGUCUCAAUGUAGCUUUCUCCCCAUCAACCCCUCCCUAUACAAGAAACACCUCUCCAGGAAAUAUCUUCUUUUAUCCUCUAUUUCUGUAGGAUCAAAUGGAUUCCAAUUGUCUCUAAAAUUAAGUGCAAAGAUAGUCUUUUUUUGGUGACGAGUCGCGUGAAUGCGAUAAAAAAAAUAUUAAAAAAAAAUAGAAAUAGUGGAUCUAAAUUAUAUGAAAGGAAUAUCGAUUAGAUUAAUGGAAAAGUGUAAGUUAAUUUUAAAUACAUACAUAUAUACAAA